GGCAGCUCGGAAGACGUUAAGUCAGCAGAUUUGAGCAAGUUAAAUAUGUCGAGGCGGUCAAAACCGGUGGCGAAAGCUAUGUCUCCCAACAGACAGGGUCCCCAGCAGUGUAUUACCUGCGGGAAAGUGUUUGGGAACGCGUCUGCACUGGCCAAACACAAGUUGACACACAGCGACGAACGGAAGUAUGUGUGCAACGUUUGCAGCAAAGCUUUCAAAAGACAAGACCACUUGAACGGACACAUGCUGACGCACCGGCACAAAAAGCCGUUCGAGUGCAAGGCCAGCGGAUGCGGCAAGUCGUACUGCGAUGCGCGGUCRCUGCGCCGGCACACGGAAAACCAUCACCACCAUCAGCCGUCGUCCAAUCAGGGCUCGCCACCCGCGUCGCCGUCCUCGUCCACGAGUUCCGGUUGCAUUCAGUACGCACCCGCGCCCAUGCCGUCGCCUCCCGGAUCGUCCGCGGCCGCCACGUCCACCACGGUGGCCGCCGGUGCGUCGUCUUCGACUUCGUCGCCAUCCACGUCGUCCACGUCGUCCUCGUCGUCUUCGACCGCGUCCACUUCGGUGGCGUUCGGAUCCAUGACAGCCGUUUCGGUUUCGACGUCGGCGUCGUCAUCGUCUUCGUCGUCGUCUUCGUCUUCGCCAUCAAUGUCAUCGUCAUCGACGACGUCCUCGUCCGCCGCACCGCACCACCAACAGCAGCCGCAUGACGCGACGCCCAGUCAGCUGCAAAAGCUGCUUAGCGCCGAACCACUGUCGUCGACYGGCGGCAGCGGCAGCGGAGGAGCACUUCCUUCAAAGAGUGGCCAAUCGGAAACGCGAAAUGCGGCAGACAGCGAAGACAGUUUUACUAAACAGCARUUUGAUAUUAUUCAACAGAUUAUGCAUCACACCCAACAGCAAAUAGCGACGUCAAAUGUAUCGAAAAAUUCGAAUCUGAAGAAUUCGUCCAACGCAAAAAAUUGGAACAGUCAACAGACCUCGAACGGCGCAACAGACUCGACAAACAACAAACAACAGCACUCACAGCCCACUGCCGUUGCAGUGCAACCUAAGCCGGAACAAAAGCCCGUGGAAUGCAACCUGUGYCAUCGAAAGUUCAAAAACGUACCGGCUCUAAAUGGACACAUGAGGCUGCACGGUGGAUACUUUAAAAAGGAAACUGAUUCAAAAAAAUGGGAAAAAAAAGAAGCAUCGGGCCCACCCCUGCAGACUGCCAGCAUGAGUGUCAGGGCKUUGAUCGAAGAGAAAAUCAUACAAAAAAGGACCACGAAACCAAAUUGUUCAACUCAAAACGGACUAACAUAUUCAAGCUUGAGCCGAGAGAAGGAAACGGUGGUACAACAAGUGGUGAGCAGAAGCACGGCGGUACACGCGGUGAUGACCACCGGCGGUACGUCGUUCGCGGUGCCGGCGGUUCCGAACAGCGCCUCCGUGGUGGACACGACGGUGGGCUUGGCCGACUCCACGGCCGUAGUGUACACGGACGUGAUACUCAAAAAGACCGGGGUGAAGAGGGCGUGCUCGGACCCGGGAUACCAGUUCAGUCACAGCAGCACCAGCCCGCAAAUAGAUAUUAAUUACUCCGGUUCCCCGUACACACUGAAUCACGGAAACGGUGGAGGCGGUGGAGGCGGCGAAAAGGAAACCGAUAACCAGGGCUAUUAUUCGCCGGGACUCAACGACGAUAUAUUUCCCAACGUACAAGCCGAAACGAUGCUCUUGCAGGCCGUCGACUCGGUGCAGUUGGCAAACACGAUGCAGGCUACGGACAUGCAAGACAUGUCGUGCUUAGAUGAUUACGAUGGUAUGACCGAUCUUCAAAACAACGAAGAUUUCCAAGCCGUGUUGAAUUCUCCACUAUCGGCCAGCUUGGCUGACCUAGCGUACAGUUCUGGACAAACCAUGUUUACGGAUUUGGGUAGAUCGCCUCUUCCGUCCCCAAGUUUUACCUAUCCUACUCCACCAGCUAGUCAAGAAGGUCAAUCCCCUUCGCUAAAUUUUCAUUCGGUUAUGUCWAACGGUCACCUUGGGGACUUUUUUUAUUCGUCUGACAUGUCAAGUUCAGAAGCCGUUGAAGCGGCACUAAGCGAAGUGUUGCCAAAUUUCGAGUCUUCUACAGAUUCACCUUUAUCAGCCAACACACCAGUAUCAUCGCCGAUGUCAAUACAUAAUUCAUCAGCUGCACAGUCGCCAUUACCUAACCACCAUCAACACACGCUACAGGUAAUGAUGCCAAACUCGGAAGACCCACUGUUAUCCAGCAACCCUAAAGAAUUUAGGAAGAAAUUCGACUAUCAAACAUGUCGCUUGUACGGGGUCAAUGGAACUAUGGCACAAGUAAUCGACGGCAGUCAGUUUUUAAUCGACAAAAAUGGAGAUUUAAAAUUAGUUCAAGCCAGUUACCAAAAUCCUGGAACAAUGUUCGUCCAAACAGAAGCCCAGCUGAUUGAUAAACAUAUACCAGUUAUCAAACAACAAAAACCAGACAAUAACCAAAACUUUGAAGAUAUAGAUGACAUUUUCCUUAAUCCGUCAAGUAUCCCGCCAAAUAAUGCACAUCGAUUAAACAGAAAACGCUGUUUUGGAGAAACUACUACAUACAAACCGUUCCGAUCCAGAUUACGUAGUCAUAGACUUGGGAUGUUAAAUGAACCAACCUUGCAAUUUACUCCGAAACCCAUGUUGAGUCCUUCUAGAAAUGGAAGAGGUCUUUAUUGGCAAGCAAUGACUUCGUGGCCAAGCUCUUCGACUGUCAAAGAGGUUAUUGUUGAAGACUGCGUGGGACUAGAUUCACCACCAGAGUGUGAUGUACUGCCGCACAUUAAUCUCGGUCCAAAUUUCCAAGCUUUGAUACCACCAGUAAGCAAAACCAGACCAGCUAGAGAGCCGUCUAAUGAUUAUUUAUUAUGGGACCCUUGUAUCACAAGUUCAGUUUCUGAUCGAGAAGUUGAAAUGUACAUGGAUUUUGCGUGCUGUGCUGCAGUACCAGGUGGUGGAAGAAACAAAGAAUAUGCUUUACAUUUGCUACAUCUUUGCAAAGGAAACGUUCAAGAAGCAAUGUUAAAGUUGAUGCAACCAACGCCGUAUCUCCCACAAGGACAUCCUUUGAUGAAAUUUGAAUACACGGAAUCUGAUCACUGGACACCAAAUGAAGUAUCUAUGUUUCACAAAGCUAUAUUCAAAUAUGACAAAGAUUUUGCAUUUAUAUCCAAAGAGUUGGGUACAAAGACUAUGAAACAAUGCAUACAGUUUUAUUAUCUGUGGAAAAAAGUUUGCCCAGAAGAUUAUAAACAGUUUCAAUUCCAAAGACGAAAGUCGAGGAAUGAAGAUUCAAUGAUCAAUCCGAAAUUAGACAUUCCUGCUAACGACCUUAUGGUCACCACCAGUUCGGAGGACCAACAAACUUUCGUUUGCGAAUUCUCAGACUGUUUGUCGACAUUCAGUAACAAAAUAGGAUUAGCAGCUCAUAUGAGACUACACAAUAACGGAACACCAGAUCGAAGGCAAACCCUAACGCCAACACAAAAUGAUCCGAAUUAUGAAGAAUUCCCUUGCAAGAUCUGUGGAAAGAUAUUUACCAAAGUGAAGAGUCGAAGUGCCCAUAUGAAAUCGCACCGACCUCCAGACGCGGAACCAAAGAAACCAAAGUUGGACCAAAAUGUCGACUACGGCCAAAUGAUGCAACUCAAGACGGUCGCAACGCCAAUUCAGUUACAUAGACAAUGCUAAUAAGUGAACACUCGAGGCCACAUUCAAAAUGAAGCUCAAUUUUAAACGGAGCUCGUACAAUCAAUUUCGGGGUUGUUAGGUACUUUAAAAAAAAAAUGUCCAAGCAAUAUGCAUAUAAUUAAUAUAAUAUAAAAAUAAUAAUAAUAAUGUAUACACUCGUGCAAACAUACGACCGUAUGUGGGUGUGUGGUGUAUGUGUGUGUGCGUGCGUGCGUGCGUAUCACUAAAAAUACUUUUACGCAAUAGUUCUUCCUCGAUGAAGUCUAUAGCAUUUAAAUAAGCAAUAAUCAUCAUGUCUUGGACAAUAAUAAAAAUUAAUAAAUUGUGCCAAUCAAAUUCACGCUAGAAUCGAAAUGCUCAGUACGAAACUUAACAACUUUCUUUAGUCUCUAAGCUUUUGAAAACCAAAAACCAAAGUUCGUCAAUUAACACAUUAUGUGAUCAAAAUAGUUUCAAAUGUAUGUGUAUGUGUGUGUGAGUGUGUGUAUAUAAAAUAUAGUGUACAUUUCUAACCAGUAAAGCAUAUAUACGUAAUACGAUUUUAAAACACUCUUUUGAAACGCGAAUUUGGUACCUACUUGAAAAAAAAAAUUAAAUUAUAAACUCAUCAUGUUAUUAAUAUAAAAUAAUUAUAGUGCCAAAUAAGAAUA